AUGGUGGUCACCAUGGUCGAGACCACCAUGGUCAAGACCACCAAGGUGGACAACAUGGUGGUGCAGUGGUUUCUGCCCUGGUGGUCUGUGGGCAUCCAGGUGAGCUACGAGGACCUGCGCAGCGGGAAGCACCGCAGCAUCUGCAAGGCGUAUGCCACCUUCGUGGCACAGGGACCCUCCGGCAGCAAGGUGAGCGGCCCCUGCGUGGCAGUGCCGGCGGAGAAGACACGGGAGGAGAGCGUGGAGCUGGUGCUGCCCCCGCAUGCCAACCAUCAGGGCAACACCUUCGGUGGGCAAAUCAUGGCCUGGAUGGAGAACGUGGCCACCAUUGCAGCCAGCCGGCUGUCCCCUGCCCACCCCACGCUGAGGACCAUCGAGAUGUUCCACUUUCGGGGACCGUCGCAAGUCGGGGACCGCCUGGUGCUCAAAGCCAUCGUCAACAACGCCUUCAAGAACAGCAUGGAGGUGGGGGUCUGCGCCGAGGCGUACGGCCAGGAGAUGUCCAUCAGCCGAAGGCACAUCAACAGCGCCUUCAUGACCUUCGUGGUGCUGGACGAGGAGGGCCAGACCUGCACCCUGCCGAUGGUGGCACCCGAGCCGGGGGAAGGAGAGAGGAGGUACAGAGAAGCCAGCGCCAGGAAAAAAAUUCGGCUGGACCGAAAAUACGUCGUCUCCUGCAAACAGACCGAGGUGCCGCUCUCCGUGCCCUGGGACCAAAGCAACAAGGCUUAUCUGAGCUACAACAACGUCUCUGCGCUGAAGACAGCCCCUCUCCCAGCUCCGCCUGGGCUGGUGGCUGCGCUCUGCUGCAGAAAACAUUGAUUUUGGGUCCUCCAGAAUAUUUUGGGUGUGGUGGUGGGCUGUAAAUAUGUAAGCCCCGGGGCUUGGGAGUCACAGUCUCUGACCAGUCCCACCCUGCCUCGCAGGAGCGCCGAGCUGGUCCAGCAAGUUGACGACGACGACAUGAUCUACCACGUGGUGAGCCAGACGGUCAGCUGUGAGAACAAGCCGCAGGACUUCGUCAUCCUGGCAUCCCGACGGAAACCCUGUAGCAAGGGGGACCCCUACGUGGUGGCCUUUCGGUCGGUGACGCUGCCCACCCACCCCGCCAGCGCCAGCUUCACACGGGGGGAGACGCUGUGCUCGGGCUUCUGCAUUUGGCCGGAGUCGGAGGAGACGAGCAAGGUGGCUUACUACAACCAGGCUACGCCAGGGUACCUCAACUAUGUCACCACCAACGUGGCGGGACUGUCCUCCAACUUCUGCGCCACCUUCAAAGCCUGCGAGCAGUUCCUGGGUCAGAUGGGGCUUUGGCUGGACUUUGCCGAAAGUCCACCCGCAGCGGUCGGUUACCAGGGGCUGACGCAGGGCCCUGCCCCUCAGAUAUAA